AUGGUUGGCAUUACAGCCAAGAAAAGUAUGGUUGUCGCAACAACGGAGCGAAGAUGCAAGAAUCAUGAAGCCAAGAAGUUUGUGGUUAAGAUGGACAGUCCUUGCCUAUUUACAAAUCUCAGAUCAAGACUACAAAAUCUCAGGGAUUGCGUAUGGCAACGCAUUAAUUCUCAAGGUACCGUUAGAUUGUUGACAAGGAGCAGCGCUCAACAUGCAACAAGCAGACUCCAUGAAACUACGUCACCCAGGUGUGGUUGUGAGACCAGCACAACUGAAACCACCAACAUACACCAAAUGCUCCUUCAAUCCGGUAACAGAAAGUUGGAUGCAGAACAAUGA